UCUCACGUAGCAUCUCUUUGCCAUUGAAGCUUUCAGCUCCUUUUUUAGCUAUGAACACCCUGCCCGAUGAGAUUAUCCUCCACAUUGUCUCCUUCCUCGAUCCUCCCCAGCUAGUGAAGCUCCAGCAUGUUUCGCGUCAGUUCCUCACCCUCUCUCGAGACAACAACCUAUGGAAACAGCUAUGCUUCGAACACUCUAUACCCGAGAAACGCCGCCGACGACAUCUCGCGUUUUCGACAGACGUCGACCCAAGAUUAGAGGAGCUUAUUAGAGCUGCAGAUACCAUUACUGGAGCUUUCACCGCCGUCCAUGAUCCUAAUGCUCCAGGUGCCGAGCUGCAAGCACACCGGAACGCACCCAAGAAGAGAGCUACAUUGCUGGCCAAUUGGGAUCCGACAUAUGCUGGAGAGAAGGUCAAUUUCUACCAGGACUUUAUACAAAGACAUGCACCACAUUCGAUCAAUUGGUUCCAGAACGCGCGCCAUGGGCACCACGAUGAUAAUCCCCACCAUGAGGCCACCGGUGCUGGUAUUCUGUUCGACGCAGCCGGUAUGGCCGAUAAACUUAUCGCGCCAUUGGAGGACGGGAGCGUAAGCAUCUGGGAUGCAAGCGGGAGCCAAAGGCGCCAAGGUAGCAUCAUUGCUCGAAGUGCAGUGGGGUUACUUCCAAACAGAGGCCCGGAUCUGGAUUUGGACACAAGAUUGAGGCAAUGUCAAGCUAUCAUGACCGAAACCGGCGCAGUUGAAUGCGUCAGCAUCGACAGCAGGCAGCAGAAGGGCUUCUUUGCUGUUCAAAACAUAUUGAACGAGGUUGAUCUUCGGACGCUUCAGGUAAUUGACCGGACGCCGUAUCCCUUCCCGAUAACAGCUUUGUCCGAGGCACACCACCCAACUCCUUUGACAGUUGGUACGAAUUGGACACUACAUCUUCACGAUACUCGCAAGAAGACAUCCUUCCCGGCAGUAUCACAGACCGAAUUGAUAGGCGGGGUAACGAAGAAUUUUAGUGCACACCUCCAGACGGGUGACUUCGGCGGCCAUGUGUCUCUCUCACAGCCCGGCGCACUGUCUAUCUUACACCUUCCGACUACCCGUGACUGGGACGGCAAUGGGGACAUUUGGGUCGGCGGCAGGUUCACCAGCUUUUUGAACUUCGACCGCCGGUUCUUCCCUCGACUCCGAGGUACUGUUCACUCCGGCGCUCGGCUGUCCUGCCUCACUGCCAUACCUCAUCCAUUCGUGCCUCACGACUUACGGCUUGGUUGGCCUUACUCAUCGCUUAGCUUGCUCCGCGAAGUGAAGUCGAUCCCAGGCUAUACACUUAUUGCGGCUGGAGAGUACAAGGGCAAGGGCAGUCUCGAGCUGUACAGCCUGUCCUCUGAACCUGCUCGGUCGAUUAUCUCCUCGGACAGUAAAAUGGCGCGAAAUCAGCAUGCGUGCUAUCAAAAUCGCCAGACAGCAUCGAGCUCGAAACUGCUGUCCGUAGCUCCGCAUGGCACUAGACUGGUCUUCUCUGACGGGGAUGGCAACCUGAAAUGGGUUGAACGGGACGGCUCCACGCCGGUUAGGCAAUUUAAUAUCAACAAUGAUAAUCGGAAGUCGACCCAGUCACCCAUACAAAUAGGUGUAGAGUCUGGCUGGGGCGACAUCGUGCAGAAGAUCCUACCUACUGUAUCGACUUCUCCAAUUGGUCCUACUUGUCAGGUGCCGCCGGGACAAGACAAUCUGAUCAUAUGGACUGGAGAUGGAAAGCUGGGCAUGGUUAGCUUUGGUUGCUCGCCAGAGUUCAGUAUUGAUGAUCUGGAUGAUGCAGCGAAGGAAGAACAGGUUAAGGAGACGAGAGCCAAGGAGAGGGCGUACGGGGCUGAAAUGCGGAGGGCACUUGAGCAUCAGGCGAGGGAGUUGAGGUGGAUGAGGGGAUAUGGUUUGUGAUGCACUUGCUCGAGGCUUCUUGUACUAGAAUCCAUUACUUAUUG